AUGCGGCGGGCCUCCCCCAGCGGCUGCGCAAGCAACAGUCGUUCAUCCGAUGAUAUAUCGAAGGGACUGGAAAGACCAAGCAGCACUUCCGCUGUAGAAGAUACGAGAAAAUGUGUAAGUGGUGGCGAGUUGCUGGUGCCAGAAGAGCUGAAAAAUCAUCUCUUUGGAAGAAGGAGGUCACAUCCUGGAAGAGUCCAAGCCCUAGAUGCUGAAUCACCACUGUCUGCCGCUUCCACGCCGACCCGCAACACCAUAAGAUCAGCAGGAGGAAUCAAUAAAGAUAUCAUGAUACCUGAUGCAGAUAGAGUUCACGAGAAACUCCAGCAAAUGUGGGAUGACGGGGAGCUGUCACCCCGCGCGCCUCUUGACCGCUCUUUGGGCUACGUCUCUUCUUCCCCGAACAGCACGGGGAAGGGAGCUCCAAGUAGUUCAGCAACACCUGAAUCUGCAGCUGGAGGAACUCAGUCAUGCAGGCAGAAUUUGCAGCAGCAGGGGGUGGGAGGUCCGUUGUUCAUUAAUGAUGUCAGAGCGCUUCGGCAGAUGGCACCCUUCAGCUCGACGGAGGAACAAGUUCUCACAAGAUCACAACGAAGAAGAAGCAGUGCGAAUCUCUUGCAGCAACUUGUAGCAGCACAGUCUUGUGGACAAGCGCACCUGGGACACAGUGAAACUUCCUCCCAGCAAGAGCAAUGCAUUACCCGAAAAGAACAACGGCAGCAGCAUGAGCCAGUUUUUCAUGGACAGCAGCUGAAGGGGCAGUGCGCUAUCUCCGACAUUCAGCAGCAGCAGUAUCAAUCUCAGACAGUGGUAGAAGCUCUGGAUCUUUCCUUUGGUCAGGCAAGCGGACUCAAUUCCGUGGCUGGUACCGAUACUGUGUCACGGGGCAUUGGAGCUCGCAAGCGGCGCGCCAGUAGCCCUGUAAUCUCCACUGAUUCGUUUUCCCCAAAUGGAUAUCCUAAGAAAAAUGAUAUUAUUUCAUCAGCUGAUGGAGCGCCUCAGCCUCUUGGCCGCAAGCGCCUUUCUGCUCUUCGUCCAUCUACGCAUACCCUCGUCACUGUGGGUACAACUCCUGCCACAACCAAGGCGUCACUUAGACGCAAUUCAGUUACCACGGCGGUGCCAUAUAUAGGGGAAAGUGAUGGCGAUAGAGGGACGGUCGAUAUACCCAUCAACUGCGUAGACAGCAACAGCAGCAGCAGCACGAUAGAGUCCCCCUUCCAGAAGCAUCCUCCACCUUCCCCUUCGGACUUCCCGGUCUCAUCUCCUAUUAACUCCAGGUCUUACUCCCCUCGGCAAAAUGCUGCGACAGCGCCAAAGCAGCAGACCCACCACAUGCAGUCUCAUGGCGCUUCUGCUACUAGUGGCAGGCCACAUAUACGUAGCCCCAUCGGGAAGCAGAAGCAUGCACUGGGCAGUCCACUUCGGACGUCUCCCCGUCGUACACAUGGUGAAGGGGGCCCAUUCGGCCAUCCAUUCCAGACUCCACGGGCCGCUUGUAGCUCGUUGGAAUCUCAUGAGGAUGCAACGGGUGUUUCCGUUCGCCAACGAGCCUCACAGCGUUGCAUGUCACCCCUUCCGCCUGUGCCAACGACCGCCUCCAACCCGAGAUCCGUGGGGGAGCAGCGGGAGGAUGAUGCCCGCGAACAAAUCGCUUCGCUUGCGACAGAAGAUGGGCCUGAAAUGGCCAGUAACAUUACACUGAAGGCGGCGUCUACUGGAAAAACCGCUGUGACGUCUCGCCGCGCUUCGGCGGUGCCAGCGUCACGCCUCAAGCUGGCUUCGGGCAACUCCAACGCCUCCAUAGUACCGCUCAGGAGCGGCAGACAAGCAGGAGGGGAAAAGGGAGUGACGGAGACACCUGGAAUGCGCAACGUUCCUCCUUCACCAAGGAAAAGUGCGACUCCUGCCUCCACCUGGCACAGACCGGGGCGGUCUGGCGGUGCUCCUCGUGUAACUGCAUCGGAGAGGCAGUGCAAAAGCCAUUCGAUGCCUGCAACAUCUAAACACUCACCUGACCUAGCUGAGAGGGCUGCCUCGGAGCCGCACAGCAAGGGCCAUUGCCCAACCACUAGAGGGCCAGGCGAUUCUCCCGCAGCAGCCGCUGCAACGCGCAGACGUUCGGCGGCGAGGCGCAGCACUGGACUGGUGCCAUCAGCAGGAGCGUGUUCGCCUUGGGAUCCAACCUCGCCGUCAGCGCGUCGCUCUGUUUGUGUAUCACCGGUGGCUUCUCAGGAUGUCACCGACGAGGCUUCUCUGCUUGGCACAGCAAGGAACCCCGUGCGCUUUGCAAAAGGUGCGGCGCUACAGGAACGCAAGCCAGUGGCAAGGGUUGGGAAUUCACCGUGUGAAGCGGCAACCGAGAGUUCAGUGUCUUCAAGGAAUAGUGAGGCUGAUAUUUGCCUUGGGGCCAGCAAAGGAGGACGCAGCUCAACACGAGGUCCCGCAGCAGGGAGAAGUGCAACAGUAAGCACCGCUCGGAGGGGUUUUACUCGCGCUACCCCAUCACGCCCCUCUGCGGGAAAGCUUCGAGCCAACAGUGGCAAAGGGCUGUUUCAUAGUGCAGCUGGACGGGGCAGUGCGAGUGCGCUGUCUAUCAUAAAGCCUAGACACCCUAUUAGUGCUCCAGAGAAACAAAAGGGCGUCAAUCGCAUUACAGUGAGCUGCAAACCAUCUGCAGGUGGGGUUCGCGGGCUACGUAAUUCUCGCAAUAAAUUACCAGCAUGCAGCUCAGGCCCUCGGGCAAUAUCCGCAGUAGCGGCCUUGCGGCAAGGCCGCCCGGAGGUAAAGUGUCAUUCACCGAUCCGCACGGACAUGGAGUUUCAAGUUUCUGAUUCGGCAGCAGUGAAAUCUUCCGAUGCGAAUGCAACCGGAUCUAAAGUAGAUGCGAAGCAUGCCGAGCUUGUUGAACAGGAUGCGCGCAACAAAGGUCUUCACAGCAGCUGUCUGAGCAAGCCCGAACUUUUGAGCAUACGCAGUGUAAUAUCUACGCCCCCCGCGCAAUCAGAACGGGCUUGCCUCAAGGCCGCAGACGAAGGGCACAGAAGCUGCUCGAAAUGCACAAUCGGCUGGUCCGCAGUCUCCACCAGUACAAACUCUAGUGCAGGUAUCGGUGUUUCUGCAUCUGCAGCCUGCGCAGCACUGGCGGAGAAUUCGUGGGGUAGCGUCACGGCGCAUCCUCCGAGCAGGCGGCGCAGCAGCUCCCCGCAUAGCCUAGCACUGCAAAAAGGUGCCGGCAACGACAAUGGGGAUGAUAAUCAUCAAUCAGGCACCUCUACGUCCCUGCGUCGAGCUUCAAGUGCCUGUAGCCUCGAAGAUGGGGAUGGGAAGCGCGUUUCAGCCCAACAACAAAAGAACGAGGCACUACACCAGGAGUGGGAGGGCCGCGAUCGAGAGUACCAGGAAAAGCAGCAGAAUUUGUUGCUAGAACAACAGCGAAGAGAGCGAUUGCUUGCAUGGGAACAACGCGAGGCUGAAUUGCUGAAAAACCGGAAGGCUCUCUCCAAAGAAGAGCCUUCAUUUUGGGGAUUUGACCCAUUCAUGGUUGAUGAAGAGGAAGAGAAGGUCCUCACAACAGAAGAACUUCGUGUUGAGGUGUCGCGUUUCUUGAAGGGGGACUUGCGUUUCCACUCACGAGCUGACUUGCUUCGCGUCGUGAAGAAGUUCAGCGAACAGACCAGAACGACGACGACAACCACGAGCUCGAGGCUGAACUUCACAAAAGUGGAGCAACGCGUCGUUCCAAUGGCGGCCCGCCAAGUGCAUGGCACUGUGCCACACGAAAGACGCCGAAAGUCAAUCCUUCGCAACAGCAAUGGCUCGCAGCAGCCUUCUGAGGGACGCACGAGAAACCGAGGAAUCAGCUUUUCCCCUUUCAACAAGGUCCAGCUGUACAUGCUUGAUGAGCAUGAACGGGCGAGCAAAGAAGCAGCCGCUCAUUUGUCUCAGCAGGGGGAACAGCGACAACAGCUGCGCCAGAAGCUGGCGCACCAAUUUCAACUGAUGCUGCUGCGAGGCGAUUCGGACUUGGAGCUGGCGCUGAUACGUCGAGAAUUAGCAAACCUGUACGACUCUGACGAUGAGGAUAGUAUAGCCUUCUUAUCGCCUACGCUGGCUCCGGGCCGCGGUGCCGAAGCAGAGAGUGGAACGUCUCCUAAUCCUUCUCAGCAGGGUGGUGCAGAGAUGCAGCUUAAUGAUGCUAGGGAGCCGACUGGGGCCGUAGCUUCAGAAGGAAGUGGACUAGGCAGGCUCCCCUUUACGGUUUCACCUUCUUGGAGGCAGAGACCCCACAAUGUGUGGCAAGAAACCCCGGGGGCCUCGCAGACGGAACCCUGUGCUGAAUGGAGCCCACCUCCAAGUCCUAUAGAACACAGCCGUUUGAAUACAGCUGGAGAGAAGGAAAGGGAUCGAUGCUGGGGAACGCCCAUAACAGGUGCAGGCAGUGCCAUUGGGGACAAUCGUGAGCUUGGUCGCUCAGAUAACGAUGAAAAUGCGAACUCCAACGCGACGCAGAGCUCCACAAAUCUGAACCCUGCCAAGGACAUGUUGGAUUCGCAAGACCCAGUGAAAGAACUGCCCCCUAAGCACUUCGCGGCAGAAGCGACUAGGCGACCGUCUGUGCUGAGCCGGCGCCUUUCCGUGGUCCCCAACGCCCAGCCCAUCUGA